ACACACAGACAUGUACAUAUACACACAGAAACAUGUACAUACAUGCACAGAGACACAUGUACACACACACACACAUGUACACACACAUAAACAUGUACAGAUACACACAUGUACAUACACACAAACACACAAACCCUAUAAAAAGUUGCAGUACUUCGUUGUUCACUCACAGAGCCCUGCACUCUAGGGGGAGGCAGAGAGCACAGCACAUACUCCUUCCUUUGCUUUCACUGCACCCAGCUAUUGAGCAGUCUGACGGCUCUCAGUGACAAUGACAGAUCCGGCCUGAGCUCCAAGCCUACUCAGCAAGACGGCCCUGGGGGACACACUCGACACACUCGCCCCCACCAUAAUUUUCACUCGCCAUUGGCGAGCAGGUGAGUGUAAAUUUCAAGGCCUGGUCUAAGACACGGGU